GCGGCGCGGCUCCUCCCCCCCCGCGCCGCCAGGCCGGGAGCUCCCCUUAGCCUGGUUGCCCUUAUUUAAUUUCGAGUGUGAUUUUGCUAUUUUUAGCAGCUGGAUCCCCUCCAGUAAGGCUCGCAGCUCGCGGGGGGUUUUAUUUUUAUUUUUUACCCCCCCUUCUCUCCCCCUUCCUUUUUUUUUUUUUUUUUUCGCUCCCUGCAAAUGAUUUUGACCCAGCUUCCUUCCUCCUGGAGCAAUUUUUUUUUUUAUUUAUCUCAAUAAGAGGGGGCCUGGCUGGGCUGUGGAUGCGUGUGCGAGCCGCUGCCUCCCUCUCUGCCUUCUCCUUCCAGAUCCGCAUUUGCAAGCGGCAGCGGCCAGGAGGGGGGCGGUUUAAUUCGCUCACAACACAGACACGCCGGGAAAAAAAAAAAAAAAAAGCCCCAGCACCCAGCUCCGGGAGCAAGCUGACUGAGGAUGAGCGAGUCCAGCGCCAAAGGCAGCCAGGCCCUGGCUUCCAAGGGGGACAAGGACACGUCGGAGAAGAGGGGCCGGGGGCGACCCAGGAAGAAGCCACAGCAGGAGCCCAGCGAGGCGCCGACCCCCAAGAGGCCGCGCGGACGCCCCAAGGGCAGUAAAAACAAGGCCGCCCCGAAAGGCAGGAAAGCUGCAGUCACACCAGGGAGAAAACCACGAGGCCGACCCAAAAAAUCGCAGCAGCAGGACGAGGAGGAGGCAAACAUUUCCCAGGAGUCGUCCGAGGAGGAGCAGUGAGAGCUCGGUGCUACCUCAAGCCCCCGCGGGCCCGGGGUGGGGGGAGCCCCGGCUUUUCCCCCCCGCCGCCGCGCCGCUCUCCCGCCCGGACACAGCAGCACUGGAAUACAGCUCCCGCGCCCCUUCCCGCUGCCCCCCGGCAUGGCGGUGGGGGGGGAGCCUUCGCCCUGCUGCCCCCUCCCCGCUUUCGUGCUGGCGGUUCGGCCCCGCGGGGAGGGGGCAGCAACGGCGAGACCCCCCCAGUGCAGAGCCAUGCGGGGGAAAGCUCUGCUCCGGCCGCUGCUAACCCGGGAUAACCCCCCUCCCGCACCCGGAGCUGCUCCAGCGGGUGCAUCCCGCCCGGGCGCCGCCUCCCGUGGGCUUUUUGGGGGGGUUUUGUAUUUUUUUCCUCCUUUCAGUCGCAACUACCUCUGGAUAUUUAAGUUCCACUCUCCGACCGCACCGACAUGCUGCUGCACCGGCCGCGAGGGUCGCUCCCGGCAGGGGCCCCGCCGGCUCGGCUUUCCUUCCUUUCCUCGGGGUUUGGGUUGGAUUUGGGUUUUUUUUUUCCCCCCUCCUUCCUCCCCUCCGGCCACACUGAAUCAGCACCAAGCAGAGCCGGGGGCGCCGAGGGCAUCGUGGGGUUUUUCUCCCAGUUUCGGGCUUUUUUUGUUUUUAGGAUGAUCUUAGGGAUGGGGCUGCGCUGCUGCCGGGGGGGCGGCGGAGGGCCCUGCGCAGGGGAAAAAAGUUGUUUUUUUUUCUUUUUGGUCCACCGUUAACGACCUUUCGGUUUCCUACUCGCAGUUACUUGAAUAAAACGUUUUAUGGA